AUGGAUAGUGUACCAUUGGACACUAUUAAAGCGUCCAACUUAAAGUUGUCACCAAAGAAAGAUAGCGCAGUGUUGGUGACAGCAGCAACAGCAGCAGCAUCAACAACAACAGCAGUACCAGCAGAGGAUAUAGCCACACAAGAUGACACACUGAUAACAAAGGAGACAUUGGAAUGGGCCACACUGAUGGCCUCAACCCCGUCACUACCCCAGCUGCCCACCUCGCCCCUGCUAUCACUGUCAACAAUCGCAGCGGUGGCCUCUGCAGUGGGCCUCAACCUUGACAACCUCCUGCUCACCUUGUCCAACUCGAGUAUUCGCAAUCAGUUACCGCCCUCGAUACUGGCCUCGGCUUCAAACCUGCUCAACUCAGAGAACAACAAUGUCGGCGUCGGCGUCGGAGUUGGUGUCGGCAGUGGCAACAACCCAGCAAUGAGCAGUAACAGUAUAUUGGGAAGCUUUAUCAACAGUUCACAGCUAUCGGUCAAGCCAUUGUCCGACUCGCUAAACAACUCUAGCAUGUUCUUCAACUUUGAUACGUACCAGAGCGGUGGCGGCGGCAGCGCCUCCCAAGGCGGACAGCAACAACUGAGCAAUAGCACCAGCCCAUUGGUUGCGUCCAAUAGUCAGAUCCUGUCCUCGCUCGGCCUGACCCAGGAGCAGGGUGCCCUGUUCGCCUCGGUCAAUGGUACCAACAAUCUGUCCAUGUCAAUUGGCAACAACAUAGUCAACAGCUUCACCAACCUCGCGUCUAACAGUACAGGUGGACUAUCAAUGUCGACCAAUGGUAAUGGUGGUAGUGGCGUCCUGUCAUCAAGUACCAAUGGCCAACAACAGCAACAGCAGCAGCAACAGCAGCAACAACAACAGCAGCAGCAACAACUACUAUUACAACAGCAACAACAACAACAGCAGCAACAGCAGCAACAACAUCAACAUUAUGAUAUAUAUAACAAUGUAAUCCAAUGCAAGUGGAACCAAUGCGAGUACAGGUUCGAGUCACUUACGGACUUCUGGAUUCACUUCCGUACGGAGCACUUUAAGCACAAGCCAUCAUUGAGUGCCACUGGAUCAUUCCGUCUGAGUAGCAGUGGAAGUGGACUCAACUUUAAUGCCUCUGUCUGCUGUGAGUGGGAUGCCUGUGGCCAAGUCAUCAAAGACUUCCACACACUGAUGGGUCACAUCAAAUUCACUCAUCUGAUCAAUCCAUAUGAUCCAGUGUCAGCGCCAAGGACAGUCACCAAGCGUAGGAAUGUACUCAACUCAUUGAUCGAGCAUUGGAAGGACGCUGGUAACAAUCAGAGUGGCCAACUGCAGCGCUCAACCCGUGGCAAUGAACCAUAUGGCUCGAUACUAUCACAGUUGUCAACAUUGCAGAAUAUCAAUCUGAAUGAUGCACAUCAUCACAACAACAACAGCAAUACAGAUAAUAAUAAUAACCAGAUGUCAUACGGUAACGGCAAUGGCAAUGGCAAUAAUAGUAAUAGUACAAUCAACAGUAACAACAACAACAGUAUUUAUUCAUCAAACUUGAUGUCGGACAAUGAGUACGAGCAUGGCGGCAACAACAACAACAACAAUAGUAGCAACAAUAGGAGUAGCAGGUACAGCAAACCAAUGGGCAUGGAUGUACAGAUGGAAGACGACUCUGGCUACAACAACAUGUAUCAACAGCAACCACAACAACAACAACAGCAUCAACUCCAACAACAACAACAUAACAACAAUAGCACGACCAAGACAAAAAAGCCUAAGAGGAAGACGCACGCCUCCGACUCGGACGACGAAUCGGACGAUGACAAAUCGGGAAAGCACGCCAAGAAGCAGAGGAAGAGACGCUCGAACCAGCCGGCCGGCCCAUUUGAGUGCAAGUGGGGCGACUGCAAGGACGUGCUCUUUGACGAUCUCAAGGACUUGGGUGACCAUAUCCAGGAGCACGUCAAGAACCAGAAGGGAAAGAAGAGCGAAUCGAUGUGCGAGUGGUCCGGUUGCAACCGUGCCGACAAGCCACUGAAGAGUGCAUACAACCUCAUCCAUCACAUUCGCUACAAGCACACGGGCGAGAAGCCCUACUCCUGCGACAUUGGCGAGUGUGACAGCAGGUUCGUCCAGCUAUCCGAUCUCAACGAGCACAAGCGCAACAUCCACAAGCUGGACGACGGCUACGUGAAGAAGAAGAGGAGCAAGAAGGCUGAGAAGGAGGAGUCUGGCGGCGGCUCAUCCUCCAAGAAGUCCAAGUCCAAGAACGGUGGCGGCAACAGCAGUCCACACGCGGACCACCAUCAGUACAGCAUCACCAACAACAUCAAUGGCAACGUGGCGGCAUUGUUUGAGAAGGACAGCAAUGUGAUCAAGAUGAACAUGCACCAUCCAUAUGCCAACGGUGGUGUUGGAGUCGGCGGUGGCAAAUAUGUAAAUACCUCACCAAACAACGCCAGCAAGUCCUACGACCAUCAUCACCAACAGCAGCAACAACAACAACAGUACCAUCUCCACGGCCACAACACAUAUGGUGAUCACCAUAUUGAGGAGCUCACGAGCGAGCACGACCGUGAUCGCGAUCAUGACCACGACCAUGAUGGCAACGAGCUGCAUAUCGACUCGAACGACCAUGUGCACUCGUCACCGCAGAUCAUGAACUCGCCCUCGUCGUACCUGCCACACUCGAACCAGACGUCGCUCUUUGACACCGCACCUCCCAACGUAGAUCAGAAGAUGUUCUCCCCGCUCAUCCCCUAUCAAAGCGAUUCGUACGACAGCUAUCCCGACUCGCCCAUCUCUCUGCGCACGUCCUCCUCCAAGAUCAACAUCCGUGGCAUCCAUCGCGAUCGCACUCUCUCGUCCUCCGCUGGCGACAUCAUGGUGCCCGAGUCAUUGCUAUUCUCUCCCAACUCGCCCAACCCACUCAAGUUGUCCAACUCUUCGCUUGCUCCACUGACAAGCGCAUCACCAUCCUCUAAAAGACAGCAGCAACAGCAAUCCAACAACAACAUUGGCAGUAGCACAAACAACCUUAGUGGUACAGGCCUCUUUGGAAAGUCACAGCUGUCCGAUUCGAAGCUGCCAUCGAUCUUUUUGUCGCUCGAGACCAUCUCGGCGAUACCCGCCAACAUCAUGCACCAGAACUCGCUGUCCAUAUCAAACGAAUCAAUCAACUUUGAUCUGCCCAACAGCUCGACGUCGCGUCUGAAACCCCUGUCGCUGUCGGCCCUGGGCAACAGCUCCAAGUCAGGUAUCUCACUAUCGCCUCGCUUCUUUAGUUCUCAACAGCCUUCACCAAGCAUUUCAUUCUCCACCUCGUCGACUUCGCCACUCAUGGAGAGGCAGCAGCAGUCAAGCGUCAACGUCGAUGUUGUCGCUGCGCCAUCUGGCAGCUCCUCACCGUCAGGUACUCCACCCACUGUCUCGACUCCAACGUUGACAUCAACAUCAACGACCUCCACAGGAAGUGUGUCAAUGCCCAAUCUCAGAAGAAGUUCCAACCUCAUUGCCGACGAGGAUGGUAUCAUUAGAUCACUCGAUAUCGAUGAUGACGACGACAUGGAAUAA